AUGGGUUGUGCAAGCUCGAAGCAACGAAAGCGUUGUCCUAAUUGUCGCGGAGGAUUAUCUCCGGUGGUUGUUCCUCGAAGCUACUCAAUGCACGUUCAUCACCCGGCGCAACAUUCCGGCGAUAGCUACCACACGGUGGCUCUCACUUCCACCACCAUCGGAUCUCUCACCCUCUGCGAUUCUCCUUUCAGGCAUAUUCACAAACACUUGGAAGGCAUCCGCGAAAAGCGGCUCCUUUCCGACCAAUUGGAUGAGAAGAAGCUAAUCUCCGAUGAUGGGUUUCAUCACGGCGAUGAAACGAAGGAUCUCGAGGUUGAACCCAAGGGGAAUCUGCAGUCUAAGCUUAUCGAAGCCAAGGUUUGGUCGAGUAUGAUGAAUGAGAAAAUCCCUAAAGUUGUGCCUAAAACUCCGAUUGUGACUCCUCCGGGAGAGCCGGAGACGAUCAAUACGUGGGAAUUGAUGGAAGGUCUUGAAGAUGCUAGCCCUUUACGAUUACCGAAUCAUGUGAGAAGCUUCUCGUUUGAUGUUGUUCGUGUUCAACCUUGUAACGAUGAUGAUGAAGAUGAUGAUGCUUGUCCUGCUCCGUUUGAUCGACCAAAAUCAAGGUUUCACGAGAAUGUGAAAUCGAAUAGCAGAUUUGAUGAAUUGGAUCCUCCUGAGAUCGUUUCGACUUUCAGGAAAUCGCUUCAAGAACUCCCAGAUGAUCAUCCUUUUCAUAUCCGGAUUCCAGAUUUGAAGACGAAUUCAUCAGAUGAAGAAGAAGAAGCAAACUUCAAAGGAAAGUCAGAUAAGGUGAUUCUUUACUUCACAAGCCUUAGAGGUAUAAGGAAGACAUACGAAGACUGUUGCAAUGUCCGGGUCAUACUGAAAAGCUUAGGGAUUCGUCUCGAUGAGCGUGAUGUAUCGAUGCAUUCGGGUUUCAAAGAUGAACUGAAGAAGCUAUUGAAGGAUGAAUUCGACAAUGGCGUUGGAAUAACCUUACCUAGAGUUUUCUUGGGGAACAAGUAUCUCGGAGGUGUUGAGGAGAUCAAGAAGUUGAAUGAAAAUGGGACACUCGAGAAGCUUAUAGAAGGCUGCGAAAGAGUCAAAGAUGGCUUAACGUGUUGUGGGAUUGAAUGUGAUGCUUGUGGAGAUAUUAGGUUUGUGCCGUGUGAGACAUGUUCAGGGAGCUGCAAAGUGUAUUAUGAGGAUGAAGAAGAUGAAGACGAUGAAGAAGAAGAAGCAGAAGAAACAGAGUAUGGGUUUCAAAGAUGUUCAGAUUGUAAUGAGAAUGGACUGAUCAGAUGUCCUAUCUGUUGUGAGUACCCUUGA